AGGCAAAUAAGCCAUUUGUAUUAUUAGAUCUUAUCCAUCACCUAUGGUGAAGAGCCUAGAUCACAUAACCAUCCGAGGGCUCUUUCUACUUUUUAUGUUUCUUGUGGCAUCCUUUGUUGGUCAUGCACAGAUAAUAAGAGGUGAAACCAAGGAGAAUAAGGACACUAACAGCAUGACGAUGACAACAACAAGACUAGGAAGCUAUGUAAUUAGCAUGGAUGAAAAAUCUAGCUUGUGCUUUCUGGAUCCAAGAACUCUAUGGUACAUCUGCAAAAUAACAUAUCGCCUUUUUAGGACAUUGAAGGAUUGCUUGGAGUUUUGCCACAGUAUAUGAUGCACCAUGUUGGAAAAAAAGACUAAUAAGAGGCCAUGCUUUCUCAAGAUUGUAGAUGGAGAUGGUGAAGAUG